UGAAAAUUAGAUUUUUCUAUUUUGAUUGUUGAUAUAAUCUGAUUUUAUCAACAUACCAACAUCCUUUAAAAUCAUUACUAUUUCAGAAUUCAUUUUUUUUUUUUUUAUAGAAAACACAUUUUAAUUCAGCCCAAACAAGUGCUAUCCAUUUUUCUCUUAUUAUUGUACUCAUCCUUAGUGUUAAUUUCCGGACACGAGACGAUCAAAAAAGAAAAAUUUCCGGCGAAAAAGAAAAGGGAAAAUUGUUGAAGAUGAAAAAAGCUUAAGAUCAAGAAAAGCAUCAAAACAAAAUUUUACUCAACAAACCUACAAAUAAAUUCCAUUAUCCUGUAUGCUCAUCCGUGAACCCUAACUUCUCAUUUCUCUCAACCCGUUGAUCAAUUAAAAUUCCUCACUAUGCGUGCCAAAAUCGAGAUUAUUCCGGUUCUGGAAGAAUUUUCAUUUUCUUAACUAGGGUUUCUUUAUUCUAGACUUGAUUUUGAUUAGCUUGAUUUUCGAAUUAGGUUUUGGAAAUUUCUGUUGCUGUUAAUGAUAUUGAUACGAGAGAUAUUCAAGUGAAUUAUCGGGAAAAAAUGAGGCAGUUAAAUGGAUUUUAUAGUAAAAGAAGUCCCCAUCUUCGUGGGAUUUUCAAUGGGUUAUGUGCCCUAGUUUUGAUUUUCUUGUUUUACAAUCGGGAAGAUAUUGUGAGAAACCCACUUGCAAAGCACUCGGAUUCAGUAUCAGCUAGAGGGCUUUAUUCCGAUUUGCGGAACAAAUUCCUGAACCGUAGAGAAAUGGCUGAAUUAAGUGCAAAUUCUUCAAUUGUGAAUGGCUCCGAUCCUAAUAAUUUGGAUGUAAAGAAGGCUGAAUUUUGUGCGGGGUUGUCUGAUCACAAUGGCUAUGGUAGUAGCUGUGAGUUCCUGAGAGCCCAUCCGCAGUGCUCGUCAGAUGGGUUUUUUGAUUACUUGAAGUUUUAUUAUUGUGAUUGCGUUGAGAGUGCAUGGGCAUUUUUGGUGUUGGGGGCUUGGCUUGCUGCAUUGUUCUAUCUUUUAGGCAACACCGCGGCAGAUUACUUUUGCUGUUCUUUGGAAAAGCUUUCAACUCUUCUGAAGCUAUCUCCCACUGUGGCCGGUGUAACUCUGCUUCCACUUGGAAAUGGUGCUCCAGAUGUGUUUGCGAGUAUUGCUGCUUUUUUGGGUACUGGCACGGGAGAGGUGGGCCUUAAUAGUGUUUUAGGAGGGGCAGUGUUUGUUACUUGCAUUGUUGUUGGGGCUGUUUCCCUUUGUAUAGCAGAUCAGGAUAUUCAGAUUGACAAGAAGUGCUUUAUAAGGGAUACUGUAUUUUUUAUGUUUGCCGUUGUGGCUCUUUUUUGGAUCUUGAUUGUCGGUGAAGUGACUGUCGGCGCUGCCAUUGCAUUUGUAUCGAUUUAUAUUCUGUAUGCCUUUGCAGUGGCUGCCAAUGAGAUUUUGAGGGAACAAGUGCAGAGGUUGAAACUGGACGCUGUUACUCCUUUGCUUCCUGUAAGAGGAAGUGUAUUUUCUCAUGGAAAUCUAGAGGAUGAACCCAUCUCCAGCUCGUUGCUUGACAUUGAGACUGAAAGUGUUGGUGCCCAGUCCCAUAGUUCCCUGCCUCAGUGGAUGUGGGCUUCUAAUGUUGCAAUAUAUUCAAACCAGGUGCUGAAGAUCCCUGAUGGUGACAAGUCUUUGUGGGGAUGGAAUGAUGAAGACAGAGAAAUUGAACGGCCGUCAUUUUCCUGUUCGAAGUUAUUUUCCCUUCUGGAGUUGCCUCUGACUGUACCAAGGCGGCUCACAAUUCCCCUAGUGGAGGAGGAAACUUGGUCUAAGCCAUAUGCUAUGGGAAGUGCUCUAUUGGCUCCAAUUCUUCUUGCUUACCUGUGGAGUUCACAAGAUGGUGUGGGUUCUCAAAGUAGAAUAGUUGCGUACUUCAUCGGGGUUUCAGUUGGAUGCACGCUUUGUAUUCUUACUUAUAAGCGCACAAGUCCAGAGCGUCCACCUCAAAAGUUUUUACUUCCAUGGGUUUUAGGAGGAUUUGUGAUGAGUAUCGUUUGGUUUUACAUGAUUGCAAAUGAGCUUGUUGCUCUACUUGUUGGAUUUGGUGUGGUUCUAGGUGUCAAUCCUUCGAUCCUUGGGUUAACUGUAUUGGCUUGGGGCAACUCGAUGGGUGAUUUGGUUUCAAACGUUGCUUUGUCACUGAAUGGUGGGGAUGGCGUACAGAUUGCAAUGUCCGGAUGUUAUGCAGGUCCUAUUUUCAACACGCUUAUUGGAUUGGGCAUCUCAAUGCUGCUGGGAGCCUGGUCUGAGAAACCUGUUCCCUUUGUGCUCCCAAGUGAUAGAAGCUUGUAUUUCACCUUGGGAUUUCUCAUUUUAGGAAUUAUUUGGGCACUCAUUGUUUUACCCAGAAAUAACAUGCGUCCAAGCAGGAUGCUUGGCGCAGGCCUAGUUGCCAUAUAUUUGAUAUUUCUCUCUUUCAGCGUGGGCUCUGCUAUGGGAAUGUUUCCAUUCGCUGGUCUUAGCUGAUAUCAUGUACUGUUAGAAUGUAAAUUCGAAGAUUACUUGACCCACGAAAAUUGAAAUAGUCUAGAUUGCUAUGCCUGUAUUUAUUUAAGAAUAAUCUAGGAGACAUUCUUCUGGUGGUCAUAUAAGAGCUAUUUGUAUUUAUAUACAUUGUUGUGUUUGGAGAAGACAGGUCAUAUGGACAAGUGAUAUUAUGGGUGCAUUACCUAGCUUGUUGUUCUUAUAGAUUUAAACAGAGUUUUCUAUUCAUUGUUUUUAUCUAAUAUUUUAAUUCACAGUCAA